AUGUCGUCAACACCGCACAGUUUUUCAAACGUCUGUCUGAAAGUAGAACAAAUGCGAAUGUACGGUAAUGAGGCUGAGAAAUACCUGCAACGUUAUUUGUACCCGUGUGUCACGCUGUUUGGCCUCGCUGGUAAUCUACUCAAUUUGACUGUACUCCUCAACAGGACUAUGCGAAGCAGAUCAAACUGCUUCCUUGCGACACUAGCCGUAGCAGAUAUCGUUUUUCUUGUUCUGUUAAUCCCGAAUAUUCUCGCCAACUAUCCGAUCUUCACGAAUAAUUACUAUUAUCGUUACUUUUACUUCUAUUCAAAGGUUCACCUCCUAUCAUUGGCUAAUUGGUCAUCGUGCGUCGCGAUGUGGUGUGUCAUAGUGGUAUGUGCGGAUCGUCUGUUGGGUAUACGUCGUCCUCUGUACGUGAUAACCGAAUGGGAAUGGUAUCGCUUACCGCUGAUUAUCGCAUCGAUUGUGGUUUGUACAGGAGCGAUGACUUUCUAUCAACACUUUCAGUAUGAGUGCUUGGUGAGGUCAUAUUGUAAGGGCACACAAAUUUAUUCAAAAUGCAUCGCAGUCAAUAACGAUGGCAGGUGGUUCGGCAAUCGGACGAAUCCUUUUCCUGAGUCUUAUCGCAAAUUCAUCAACAUCAGCGUUACGGUGAAUGCCAUCUCGAUGGUUCUUUUGCCGAUAUUUCUGCUCACACUGCUGAAUCUAAUGCUGCUAUUAGUGCUGCGUAAUCGCAGUAACGAUCUUCUCAUGACCAAGAAUGGUCACAGUCCACUGAAGCAAAAAACCUCAACCAGGGACAGUCAGUAUCAACUGCAAAAAACUGAACACCGGGUAACGUUGACUGUGGCGUUGAUUGUCACAAUGUUCACGAUUACCAAUGGACCGUCAGCUGUCGUUCACCUCAUUCAAAUCGCACAUCCUCAACUACGUUUGUAUAGUAUGACUCUACUUUGCAAGUAA